AUGGAGGUCUACGUGGACGACAUGAACAUGAAAAGCCAAGAGGCAAGAACACACCUGGCCGAGGCCUUCGCCACGCUGCGCAAGUUCGGCAUGCGGCUCAACCCCACGAAGUGCGCUUUCGGCGUCACUUCCGGGAAGUUCCUUGGGUUCAUCGUGCACGAGAGAGGAAUCGACGCCAACCCGGAGAAGGUUCAAACAAUAAUCAACAUGCAGUCCCCCUGGACGGUUAAAGACCUGCAGCGACUUAACGGAAGACUUGUCGCUCUCUCUCGCUUCCUCGCCCGAUCGGGCGAUCGCUGCCUCCCACUCCUCAAGGCGCUCAAAAGCCCGAAGAACUUCCAAUGGACAUCAGAAUGCGAGGAAGCUUUUAAACAAAUAAAACAGCACAUGGCCAGCCUUCCCCGGCUCGCCUCUGUCUCCCCGGGCGAGAAGCUUGGCCUCUACUUGGCGGCCUCUGUUAGGACUCUAGCUUGGAGAGUCCUAAUUGAGAGGGACAUUCAUGAAAACUCCGGCCAACAACUCCCGAUCUACUACGUCAGCCACGUCCUAAGUGGACCUAAGGAGCGUUACCCGCCGAUAGAGAAACUCGCGCUCGCCCUGGUGCUCUCAGCUCGGAAGUUGCGCCCCUACUUCCAGGUCUUAACAAAAUUUGAUGUUGCAGGACGGCUCCUCAAAUGGGCGGUGGAGCUCGGCGAACAUGACAUAAGGUACUCGCCCAGGACCGCUGUCAAGGCCCAGGUGGUAGCCGACUUCAUUGCGGAGCUGACGCAGUUGGAGGACGUAGAUCUCAAGCAGGCUCCCGAAGCUUGGACCCUACACGUCGAUAGCUCGGCCAACUCAAGGGGCGCCGGCGUUGGGCUGGUCCUCCUCGCCCCUGACGGACGCUCGUUCGAGCGAUCCCUUCGCUUCGGGUUCAAAGCCACCAACAACGAGGCGGAGUACGAGGCGCUCCUAGCAGGACUAAGGCUGGCCCUCGAGAUGCAGGUGGCCGCGAUACGCGUCCUCACCGAAUCGCAACUUGUGGCCGAGCAGCUUAACGGCGGAUACGAAGCUCGGGACGCAACCAUGGAGAACGAGCGAGCCGACGCACUGGCUAAGCUGGCGUCGAAACCGACCUCCGAAGCAUGGCCAGAGGUUGAGGAGCUCCCUGCCCGCGCCAUCGAAAUAACAAUUACAGCCCUAGGCGGCGCGCCGACCACGUGGGUACAAGAGCUGCUACGCUUCAAGCGGGAUGGAACCCUUCCCCUCGACGAAGUUGCAGCUCGGCGCCUGCGUCGUAUGCACGCAUGGUACACCGUGGAGUGUGGCCACCUCUACAAACGGUCCUUCACCUAUCCCCUCCUGCGAUGUUUAGAGCCUGACGAAGCCCAGAUGGUCCUAACCGAAACCCACGAGGGGGUAUGCGGCGAGCACAUCGGCGGGCGAACCUUGGCGCACACGAUACUCCGUCAUGGCUACUACUGGCCGACCAUGUGCCGGGACGCCAAAGCCUACUGGGGUUUGGACCUGCUCGGACCCUUCCCACCAGCCUCUGGACAGCAGAAGUACAUAAUCGCGGGGGUGGACUAUUUCACAAAGUGGGUCGAGGCUGAACCACUGGCGACAAUCACGGAACAUCGAAUGGAGAAGUUCGUGUGGAAGAACCUAGUAACUCGGUUCGGGUUACCCAAGGCCAUUAUCACAGACAAUGGACCUCAGUUUGCUGGCAGAAGAUUCCGGGAGUUCUGUGCCGAUCAUGGCAUCCAACUGAGGUUCAGUUCGGUGGCCCAUCCUCAGACCAACGGGCUAGCGGAGGUAACCAACCGAUCCGUCCUGGACGGACUCAAAAGAAGAGUGUCCGCAGCCCGAUCGACCUGGACAGACGAGCUCCCCAACGUGCUGUGGUCGCUGCGCACCACUCCCAAAACCGCAACCAGAGAAUCCCCGUACAGCCUCGCAUUCGGAACUGAAGCUGUCCUGCCACCUGAGGUGGCCAUCACCACCCUCCGAACACGAAGCUACGACGAAAAGGCCUCGGACAAAGGACUUCGAGCAGCCCUCGAUUUGCUGGAGGAGCGGCACGCCAAUGCACAUGUAAGAGCCCUCUCGUAUAAAAGAGCAGUCGUAAGGAUUUACAACCAAAGGGUCCGACCCCGACCCAUCAAACUAGGCGACUUGGUCCUACGGAGGACCGAGGUCAGCGACCCGACCAGGGCAAGAGGCAAGUUAGCUCCAAACUGGGAAGGCCCAUACCGGGUGGCCGAAGUCAUCAGAAUCGGAACAUUCCGACUCACCACAAUGAUGGGUCAUCCCCUGCCAAGGACUUGGAACGCCCAAAAUCUCAAAAAAUACUUCCCGUAA